AUGGCAUCAAAUGCAGGCGAGAAGAGCAUUUCCGCUUAUAGAGAGGCUCGCUCUACAUUGGAGGGGAAGCCUCUUGACGCCGAGCAAGUUCGCAAGAUGGAUGCAUAUUUCCGGGCUAGCAUGUACCUUUGCCUUAGAAUGCUCUACAUCCGUGAAAAUCCACUGCUCAAGGAACCACUCAACGUGGAGUAUCUCAAAGCUCGGCUUUUGGGGUAUUGGGGAUCCGAUGCUGGCCAGUCUUUCACUUGGACUUAUAUGAACCGCCUUAUCAAAAAGUACGAUCUUGAUGUCCUCUUUUUCUCUGGCCCCAGAUAUAGUGCUCCCAGAAUUAUCUCGCAGUCCUAUCUUGAGGGCGUCUACUCGGAAAUCUAUCCUGAUAAGGCCGAGGAUACAGAUGGUAUAAAGAAGUUCUUCAAGCAAUUCUCAUUUCCUGGUGGUAUUGGUAGUCAUGCGACUCCUGAGACUCCAGGAAGUAUCUACGAGGGUAGUAAGCUAGGAUAUUCGAUCUCACAUGCCUUCAGAUCCGUCUUCGACAAUCCCGAUCUCAUUACGUUGACCAUGGUUGGAGAUAGCGAGGCCGUUCUCCCUGUCCUUCAUCUCAACGGAUACAAGAUCAACAACCCCACAGUGCUUGCACGAAUUACUCAUGAGGAGCUGUCAUCUUUGUUUGUGGGCUACGGGUGGAAGCCUUACUUUGUCGAGCGAUUUCAACAGCAUGCACCAAGCCAUGGUAAUUACACUCGACCAAUGCAUCUUAGAGAUCAAGGAGUACCAGAAGCAAUCUCGAGAAUCCGGGACACCAUUCCGACCCCGCUAGCCAAUAAUCAUUCUUCGUACUCCCAAGGGAUGAGCUACAGGCCAGAGGAGCUCUUCGACAAGAAUGGCAAAUUAGUUCCGGAACUCAAGGAGCUCACACCCACCGGCAACUCGCGGAUCAGUGCCAACCCCGUCAGCAAUAGGGGUCUUCUACGCCAACCACUCAAAAUGCCGGAUUUCCGAGAUUAUAGGUUCAUGGAUAUUGUCCCAGGCUCAACCAUCAAGGGAGGAAUAGCCAAUAUGGCCAAAUUCCUUCGUGAUCUAGUUGCCCAGAACAUAAACAAUUUCCGGCUCUUCGGCCCAGACGAGACCAAAUCCAAUAAGCUUGCCAAGGUAUACAAAGCAGGCCAAAAAGUCUGGAUAGCAGAGUAUUUUAAAGAAGAUAAAGACGGAGGAAAUCUGGCCCCCAAUGGCCACGUGAUGGAAAUUCUUAGUGAACACACUUGCGAGGGGUGGCUAGAAGACUACAUUCUUUCAGGGCAGCACGGACUACUCAACAGCUAUAAGCCCUUCAUCCACGUCAUCGACUCCAUAGUUAACCAGCACUACAAGUGGAUCAAGAAAUAUCUUAAUAUGGAAUGGCAAUCUAAAGUUGCCUCUCUUAACAUCCUCAUCACCACAACUGUCUGGAGACAAGACCACAAUGGCUUCACCCAUCAAAACCCAGGAUUCCUCGAUGUGGUCGCAAACAAGAGCCCUGAGGUGGUUCGAAUCUACCUCCCACCGGAUAGAAACACUCUUCUCUCGAUCAUAGACCACUGUCUCGACAGUGUCAACUACGUGAAUGUCGUCAUCGCCGACAAGCAGGAGCACAUUCAGUUUUUGAACAUGACCGAAGCUGCUAGCAAUGACCAAGGCGCAGAACCCGACGUCAUAAUAGCAUCUUGCGGUGAUGUCUCAACUCACGAAGCCUUAGCCGCCACCACGCUCCUGCACAAGCACCUUCCACAGCUCAAAGUCCGCUUCGUCAAUGUGGUGGACUUAUUCCGACUGAUCUCAAGCAUACACCAUCCACAUAGCCUAUCAGAUAAGAGGUGGAAAGCCAUCUUCACCACCGACAAACCCAUCAUCUUUAAUUUCCACUCUUACCCCUGGCUUAUCCACCGACUCACGUACAAGCAACCAGGCCAGCAUAACCUACAUGUGCGAGGCUACAGAGAGAAGGGCAAUAUCGACACUCCGUUUGAGCUGGCUAUGCGCAAUCAAACUGAUCGAUACAGCCUUGCUGUUGACGCUAUUGACUUGGUUCAACAUCUCGGCAACACGGCAUCUGGUGUGAGAGAGAGGCUGAUCAAUGAGCAGCUAGCGGGCAAGGCCGAGGCGUUCAAUAAUGGACUCGAUUCUGAGCAUAUUCGGAACUGGAGUUGGCCUUGGCCGAGAAAAUAA